AUGUCUGAACAAAUUGGAAAUAGAGUUUAUAAUUAUUUAGUUGAGUUUGAAAUUCGUAAUAUUAUUAAUAAUAAGUUACCUUCGUGUAGGGAUGUAUUGAAUAUCUUUUUGUACAAACAUCAAUCUGUAAAACUAAGUAUACGAGCAAGUGCUAGUAGUGUGAUCAGUGAUACGAAUGCUGUUUGGGCCAAUCUUUUGAUUACAACUUCUCGACUUCAGCACAGUAUUAAAAAAUUGGAAAAAAUCCACAGUGACUACAUGAAACUAAAGAAACAUCGAAGUCGUGCAAAAAAAUCAAAAAGACAACGAGAAAAUGUGGAACAGUUCAGUAAACGUCUUGAUAAAUUAUUUGACAUUGCGAACAGUGCUGCAGUAAAAAAUUUGCCAAAAAAUCUACAGCAAUUUUUGACAGAUUGUCGUAAAGGAAAUAAAAUUAGCACUAUUCAUUCACCAGCAAUUGACGUCUUACCAGAAGAAACUUUUGAAAAUCAGUCGGCGAUGGAAGAAGAAAUUCCCAAUAAUGUAGAAAUUGGUAUGAAAUUAUCCCAACAGUCGUCCUUCAAUAGUUUCUGUAGUACCAUAUCAAAUUCUAGUGAAUUGAAGCGAAUUUCUUCAGACUCUGAAGAUACAAUACCGGCGCCUAAGAAAAAUAAAAUUGAUAUUUUGACUGCGGAAUUAGUAUUAGCACUAGAUAGAACUAAAACUAGUAACAGAAAUGCGAUGUACAUUAUUUCUGCCGUUAUUAAAAGUUUAGGACUUGACAUUGACAAAUAUAACUUGAGUUACUCCACUAUUCGCAACGCGCGUAUUUCAAAAAGAGAAGAAAUUGUCGAUACGAUUAAAGAAGAAGAUAAUUUUGACGACUCUCUCGUAGUGCACUGGGACGGAAAGGUGCUUCCUGCGGGAAACGGCCAACCAAAAGCAGAACGAUUAUCAAUUCACGUCACCGGAAUAAAUACUGACAAAAAUUUAAAAACUCCGAUUCUCUCUGAUGGCACAGGAGAAAGCCAAGCUUUAGCUAUUUUUGAAACUCUGACAGAGUGGGAUCUUUGCGAUAAUGUUAAAGCAAUGUGCUUUAAUACAACUAGUUCAAAUACUGGUCGUUUUAAUGGCGCAUGUACAUUAUUAGAAGAUAAAAUUGGCCGCGACUUGUUAUAUCUUGCUUGUCGCCAUCAUACUUCUGAAUUGAUGUUACGAAAUGUUGCAGAAGUUGCUUGGCCAGUGACAAAUAGUCCGAAUGUACCAAUUUUUAAAAGAUUCAGAGAUAAUUGGGAAAAAAUUGAUAAAUCUGCGUAUGAAAUCGGCACAGAGGAUGAAGAUAUUGCACUUAUCUUAAGUCAAAGAAAAGACGAUAUUCUGGACUUCAUAGAAAAUCAACUGAAGAAUCAUCAUCCAAGAAAUGAUUACAAGGAGUUUUUGGAGCUGAGCUGUAUCUUUUUGGGCGGUAUCAAUCGUCAAAAAGCCGAAUUCAAAGCCCCUGGUGCUUUUCAUCAUGCACGGUGGUUAUCAAAGGCUCUCUAUUGUUUGAAAAUAUAUAUGUUCAGAAACCAGUUUAAAAUUGCAGCAAGAGGAAAAAAAAAUUUUGCAGAAGAUAUGUGUUUUCAUUGUAAUAUUUUAUGUGAAAAUAUGGUUUACUGCUCCUAAUGCAAUAAAUGCUCCAAACUCGGAUUUGCAAUUAGUAAAAGAUCUUAUUGACUACAGAAAAAUACAUCCUGAAAUUGCAAAUGCAGCACUCGAUAAAUUGUCUCAGCAUUUGUGGUAUUUACAUGAACAACUUGCUUGUUUGGCUCUUUUUGAUGAAAAUGUGUCAGUAGAAGAAAAAGUAAAGAUUAUACAAAAAAUUAAUUCCCAGGUAGCGGUCAAAAAGCCAAGUAAACGUUUUGAAGUUGCUUAUGAGGAAAUAACGUCGUUAUCCGAGAAAAACAUAAGCGAUUUUGUUAAUCCAAACUCAUUGUUUAUUUUUAAGCGAUUUGAGCUCUCCCAUGAAUUUUUAUGUACAGAUCCAAGUUUGUGGGAAUCAAAUCUUGAGUAUAAACGAUGUUAUGAUACAUUUAAAACGAUAAAAAUAGUAAAUGAUACUGCGGAAAGAGGAGUAGCACUGGCCGAAAGUUUUAA